AUGAGCUGGGCUAAACGAUGCAGUAUUUUACCUAUUGACCACAUCAUCCAGGAUCAAAACCUUCUUAUGCCACCUGCUCACUCCUCUUCAUCUAACCUGGACACACUUAGCAUCGGGAGUUUCUGUUUUCAGACGGAAGGCACCUUGAAUGCUUCUGAAGAUGUGGUCCAAGCCCCACUACACCUUCUCCAGCCUCCACCUCUAAUACUACUAACUUCUGCCACCGCUGAUCCCCCGCGGAGCCACUGCAGUGGAUGGUUUCUGCCUUAUGAUCGUGAAACAGGGUGUAGCAGAACAGUGGAACCGUUGGAAUAUUACAGAAGAUUUUUGAAAGAGAACUGUCGACCUGAUGGAAGGGAGUUAGGUGAAUUCCGGGCAACAACUGUCAACAUUGGUUCAAUUACAACUGCAGAUGGUUCUGCCCUGGUGAAGUUAGGAAAUACUACAGUAAUUUGUGGUGUUAAAGCGGAACUUGCCACACCCCCAGUAGAUUCCCCUAAUAAGGGAUAUAUUGUUCCCAAUGUAGAACUGCCCUCCCUCUGUUCAACGAGGUUUCGCCCUGGACCUCCUGGUGAGGAGGCUCAAGCAGCUAGCCAGUUCAUUGCAGAUGUCAUUGAAAAUUCACAGAUAAUAGAGAAGGAAGAUCUGUGUAUUGCAAAUGGCAAGCUUGCUUGGGUGCUAUACUGUGAUAUCAUAUGUCUGGAUUAUGAUGGAAACGUUCUGGAUGCCAGUACCUUUGCUUUGUUAGCAGCAUUAAAAAAUGUACAGUUGCCAGCAGUUACUGUAAAUGAAGAAACUGGUUUAUCAGAAGUUAAUUUAAAGCAGAAGAAUCCUUUGAUUAUCAGAAAGCAUCCAGUUGCCACAUCAUUUGCUGUAUUUGAUGACACGUUACUGAUUGUUGAUCCAACUGCAGAAGAGGAAGACCUAGCAACUGGAACAGUAACAGUUGUAACUGAUGAAGAAGGUAGACUAUGUUCAGUCCAUAAGCCAGGUGGAAGUCCUCUGACAGGAGCCAAGCUUCAGGACUGUAUCACCAGAGCUGUUACAAGACACAAGGAAGUAAAGAAGCUGAUAGACAAAGUGAUAAAAAGUAUGCAACCCAAAUGAACAAAAAAAGCAAGAUCUUUUCAAAAAUGGAUUUCUAAAAAUUGUAUUUGUUACAGUGUUCACAAACUUUUUAUACUAAAUAAACAAAUACCAAUACUACA